AUGGGAACGACACCGAAAGUGCGCAUCCUUGUCAUCAACCCCAACACGUCGACACACAUGACCGAGGCACUGAAACCGGUCCUUGAAGAUUUGAAGAUGCCGUCUGUCGAAUACUCAUUCUUCACGUCCCCUACACCGGGCAUUCCAAGUAUCAACUCACCCGAAGACGCGGCCGAGUCGGCAAAGAGCUGUCUACCGUUGCUGGUCCCCCUGCUGCCACACCACGACGCCUUCCUCGUGGCGUGUUACAGCCAACAUCCGCUCGUCACGCAGCUGAAGCGGGAGUGCAAGAGGCUCAUCCGCGCGGCGACGAGCGGGUCCGACGGCCACGGGGCGCGCAAAUACGUCACGGGGAUUUUCGAGGCGAGUGUCCUCGCGAGUCUCGCGGUGACGGACGACGCCGAGGACGACGGGUUCGGGAUCGUAUCGACGGGGAAAGUGUGGGAAAAGGCGCUAAAGACUGCGGUGGAGGAGUUCUUGGGCGAGGCCGGGAACGGGAACGGCGACGCGAAAAAGCCCAGCAGGUUCUACGGCUGCGAAACUACAGGAUUGAAUGCGAGCGAGUUGCACGAUUUGCCUGCCGAGCAGGUGAGGGGGAAGAUGAUGGAGGCGACCAAGAGGGUUUUGAAAAGGGGUCAGUACCAGCACGAAGCUGGAGAGACGACAUCGUCAGGGUCCGCAUCAAGAGUCAAGGCCAUCUGUCUGGGUUGUGCGGGCAUGGUAGGACUCGAGAAUGCAGUGAGGCAGGCCUGUAUAGAAGAACUGGGCCCCGAGGCGGCCAAGGAGGUGUCUAUUGUCGAUGGGGUCAAGGCCGGUGUGGCGUUGCUGUGUUCGUUGGCAAGGACUGGGUUUUGA